AUUCUUGAUAUUUAUCGCAAGCUGCCCCUCCUAGCUUUAAAGGAUACGUCACGCCAACAACCACAAUUUACUGCUGCUUUAUUACCUGGGAAAAUCCGGUCACGUAGCAGCUGCAUACCGAUCGCUGCACGUUUAUAAGGAGCGCUUCCCACCCUCAACUUGUGUCGUCAUUCAUCACACUUCCGUUCCACCAACGCAAACAACCUUCAUUUCGAGGCAUCUCUCCGGAGAACUACCAACCGCCAACAUGGCCAUCUCCAGUCUUGCUUUCAUCUUCUGGCGGGUCAUGGAGAUCAUCACAUUAAUUCCUACGCUGGGAAUGCUCGCCUGGUUCGUCGACUGGUACAACAGUCGCAGUCUUCUCACACCGACCUCGAUUCUUGUCCUGUUCAUCGUCUCGGUAUUAGGUGCAGUAUGGGCAAUAGGGACACUAUUCCUGUAUGCUCGUGCGAAGCACUCUGCCAAGUUCGUCGCCUUCAUCGAUCUCCUCUUCGUCGGUGCAUUCAUUGGGGCCGUCUACGUACUACGGGGCAUUGCAAAUGCGGACUGCUCGGGCUGGACGACAGACGGAACCUAUAGCACCAACCUGGGACUGUUCACUGUAUCUGGAAACUCGUAUGACUGGUCUAUCAACCGCCAGUGCGCCAUGCUCAAAGCCAGCUGGGCAUUCGGCAUCAUGAACUGCAUAUUCUUCUUCUUCACCUUCCUCCUGGCCCUUCUCGUCCACCGUCAUCACCGCAACGACCGUGUUGACCGUGUCGUCGUCAAGCGCGAAGUACAUCACUCCCGUCACGGUCAACGUUCUCGCAGCCCUCGCCACUCGCACCAGAGUCACCGAAGCCGCAGCCGUAGCUACGUCUAGAGCAGUACAUUCGAAACCAGAAGUAAUACAAACCAGUCAGAGAACAAUCUACGGAUUUGGUCUCGACUUAAAAAAAAACGUUUAUGCGAGUCGAGAGAUGACUGAGCACGAAUCUCAUUGGACCUGCUUUUUUUUUGCGAUAUGAUACCAGCGGAUAGCAUACCAUUUUGUUUUGACCGAGACUGCACGAUUACGAUAUGCGCCAUGAUUUAGUAGAGAGUUAGUAAAUCUCUGUAGUUUUGUACAUAAUUGAUACCU